AUUGCAUAAGCUUCCUAGCCAGCCAUCUGCUUGUGUUUGCUUUAAACAUUUUGUUCGGUUAAUAUUAUUUAUUUAUAUAUUUAUUUAUUUUAAACGACAUUGAUAUGAAAUAAACAGCGCGCGUCACUGUUGUGCUGUGUGGAGCACCAAUCAGCCACAGAUUUAUCAUAAUGUUGGCCCGCAAAGGCCUUUUGCCUGAUGGUUUCCUGCUGACACGACUAGCUGAGGAUGCCACACAACCCAGUCGCAUCCGGCCAAAGUCACAGAGGGCACGUUUCAUCACCAAGAGCGGGUCGUGUAAUGUUGCCCACAAGAAUAUACGAGAACAGGGCCGGUUUCUCCAAGAUGUUUUCACCACCAUGGUGGACCUGAAAUGGCAGCAUUCCCUCCUCAUCUUCACUUCAGCGUUCCUCUGCUCCUGGAUGCUCUUUGCCAUGGUGUGGUGGCUCUUAGCGUUCGCUCACGGCGAUUUGGAGCCUCGAGAUCCCAACGAGCCCGGACCUGUGCCGUGUGUCACUUCCAUUCACUCUUUCACAUCUGCCUUUCUGUUCUCCAUUGAGGUGCAGGUGACUAUUGGUUUCGGAGGACGAAUGGUGACGGAGGAAUGUCCACUGGCCAUCAUAGUCCUCAUUAUCCAGAACAUUCUGGGCUUGAUCAUCAACGCCAUCAUGCUGGGCUGUGUAUUCAUGAAGACAGCUCAAGCCAACCGGAGAGCAGAAACCCUCAUAUUCUCACGUAACGCAGUCAUUGCGCCGCGGAACGGCCGGCCAACGUUCAUGUUCCGCGUCGGGGAUCUGAGAAAGAGCAUGAUCAUCUCUGCCACCAUACAGCUGCAGGUGAUCCGGCGGACAGUGACUGCAGAGGGUGAGGUGAUUCCUGUCUGUCAGCUCGAUAUCCAGGUGGAAAACCCUCUCAGGAGCAACGGCAUAUUCCUCGUCUCUCCACUUAUAAUCAGUCACACCAUUGAUAGAGGAAGUCCGCUGUACGAGGUCUCAGCACAAUCGCUGGCUACCGAAGACCUGGAGAUCAUUGUCAUUUUGGAAGGUGUUGUCGAGACCACUGGCAUCACAAUGCAGGCCCGUACAUCCUACACACCAGAGGAGAUCUUGUGGGGUCGGCGUUUCGUCUCCAUUAUGACGGAAGAGGAUGGGCGCUACUCCAUCGACUACUCCAAAUUUGGAAAUACCGUCCCUGUCCGGAUGCCGGCCCUUAGUGCUAAGGAGCUGGACCAGACCAGAGGAGUGCAAGACAGUGGACCCCAUGAGGGUAAACCUCAGGGCUGGGGGCUGGUGAGGGCGGGACGGGGUGGUUACAGGAGGGGUGGCGGCCGGGCUUGCGAUGACACUGCAGCCAAGCCUUGGUACGUUCCAGCAGAGAAGGAGGAGGAGAAGAAGGGUCAAAAGAAAACGGUGAAACUUGAGGAAAUAGGCAGAGAGAUUGAAGAAGAAACAAUGGAGGACAUGAGCGAUUAGAACAAAAACAUUUAUUUGGUUUUUCAGAUAUGGAAGUAGAAAUAACCUAGCAGUACUAGUGCACUUGAUGGGAUAGUUUACCGAAAAAAUCUAAUUUUGUUAUUAUUACUUUAAUUCAUAACUUUAUAACCUUUUUUGGACUUUCAAUGAAUGGACAGAAAUCUUUCAGGUUUCAUUCAAAAUAUCUUAAUUUGUGUUUUGAAGAUUAACUAAAGUCUUAUGGGUUUGGAACAACAUGAGGGUGAGGAAAUGAUGACAGAAUUUUCAGUUUUGGUAAACUAUCCCUUUAAUAGUCAAGAAUAGUAUAAAUAAUAGUCUCAAAUAGGUUUUAUACUACACAUGUUUUGUAAACUGUCAAAACAUGGACAACUGUGGCAUUGUUUACAAUUACCUCUGAGAAUUUCUUGUAGAUUUUAUCCUUUUCUGCCAGCAAUAUAAUGAACUUGAGGAUUGUGGUUUCUUGGCAGUACUUGUCAAGAUAUUGACCAUAGUUAGGGUAGAUGCCAUAAUUUGUUCAGUGAGAAUUAAAAGCAGGCUGUGGUGCUUAGAAGUUGUCAAUACACUCAACUUUCAAGUUGUGAAAUUAAACAUGAUCAAAUACCUUAAAACUGCACAAACUAUAUAACAUAAUGUGUUUCUAUUCGCCACAGCUUUGUUUUUAUUCACAUCAAAUUAAAUAUGGCAUAUACCUCAAUUAAAAUGUAUUACUGCCGCUGCUGAAGCAAACAUGUGGCAGCUGUAUGUUUGUAUGUUGGGUUUUGAUACCAUAACCCUUUUAAAAAUAUUCCAGUUCUUUGCCUUUUUGUGUUCUCAUGUGUUUACGUGACUAACAGGGAUAGUUUUGAUUUUUAGAUUGUUCCAAAUCUCUAUGACCUGACCUUCAUUCUUCUUCAGAAUGUAAAAGAAAAUAUUUUGAAAAAUGUUAGUAACCAAAAAGGUUUGAUUCCCUUCGACUUCCAUGGAAUUUGACUUCUAUGUAAUUCAGUGGGAACCAAAACUGUUUAGUUACCAACAUUCUUUAAAAGAAGAUAUAUGAUACUACGGUAUCAUACGGCUGAAACGGUAACUAAACCGUUUCAGUUCCAUUGACUACCAUUGUAUAGAUGCAAGUCAAUGGGAACCAGUCAAUGGGUAUCAUUUACUCCCACUCAUAUCAUUCCAAACCUGUAUGUCUUCUGUGGAACACACACACACAAAGAUAUUUUGAAGAAUGUUGGUAACCAAACAGUAUUGGUUCUCUUUGACUUAUAUUGUAUUUUUUUAUUCAUACAAUGGAAGUCAAUGGAAACCGAAACCAUUUCAUUACAAACAUUCUUCAAAAUAUCUUCCACAUUCCACAGCUGAAAGAAAGUCAAACAAGUUUGGAUUGACACGAUGGUGAGUAAUUUUAAUUUUUGGGUGGACUAUCCCUUUAAUGUGGCUAUCAUGGUUGUUUAAUUUGUAAGUGUUGACAUAUUGUGUUUACCCUGUGUGGUCUUGAGCAAUUAUGUGUUGUGAACUAGAGGACCUGAACUCCUAAAACACAUUCCUUCAUGUCUGUGUCCUAUAUAAAUGUGAACAUUAGAGAAUACAUUCCGUGUUGAUUUAACUGUUUACAUAUCAGUGGGUUAAUUUAUUUUGUGUAUUUCAUAUAUUUAAUAAAGUAUAUGACAUUUUAUA